UACUCUCUCGUCCGUGUUUAGACUGGAAUUGUAACUUUCCCGCGCUCGCUUCACCACCACCUUUCGCGGCCUUGCUAAGGUGUACGAUUUCAUGAGCCACCAAUGGAACGAGCCGGCCAACUACGGCGCUGGUCAAUUCGGGCAGUGUGAUGGUACCGAGAGUACCUGGCAUGGCGUUUACAACGGCUCGACGUUCCACCAAGGUCAGAAGCACCCCCUCCCACCCAGCCUGCCGGAUCGAGAAGCAACUGCACGCCGCACGCGAGCACGUCGCACGGUGCGGCAAAGUCUAUCUCCAUCAACAACAAAAUGGCCACCCUGGCCACCUUGUUCACCCGAGCUUAGGAUGCGCCACCGUUGCCAACUCGUCCACGAGGACCCCCUGCUUUCUUGGCGCUCAGGCAUGGCGCAAUGGACACACCUACUUUUGUUUCCUUCGGUUUCCACCUCUUUGACAUCUCAACGUCGGCAUCGUCAUCGUGUUCAUCCACCAUGCUAUUUCACUUUGCUUCACCGUUGAACAAGAGGCGGAUACUGUCGCAGCGCUUUUCGGACGUCUAUUGCUCCCUUGCGAAUCCAACGUUGGCAGCUGCUGGCGAUCUUCUGGCCCAGUCUCGGUGAGCGCGUUUCUCGAAAGAGAUCAACCCUCCUUGGUGAUGGAUUCCGCACGGCUACUACAUCCCGUGGCCCAAGGACUGUGGAGAGUUGGGCCGAUGGCCGA